AUGAUCCUCAACGAACAUUACGAGACGGACGUGAAGUACGUCGUCGAACAAAGUCACGUUGUACUCCGUAUGCUCGGUAUCUGGCCGUCGACCGACAGACGGCCGAACGUGAUCGAGAGGAUGACGAAUAUCCUCCUCGUGAUCGUCUGCUACCUGCUGCUCCACUGCGACAUGGUGCCGGGUGUUCUCUACUACGUGAUCGUCGACGACGACACGCGCGAGAAGGUGAAAAUGAUGCCGCCGAUCCUGUACUCGGUCAUGGCGAUCGCCAAGUACAGUACUCUACUUAUCCACGUGCACGACGUCAGAAGCUGUCUGCGGCACAUCGAGACGGACUGGGGGACAGUGGCCGUCGGUGAGGCGCGAGAGGUGAUGCUGGGCAAGGCCGGUACCGCCAGACGACUGUUCGUCCUGUGCUGCACGUUCAUGUAUUGCGGCGGGCUGUCCUACAAUACGAUCGUGCCGAUCUCGAGAGGAAGCGUCGUUAUCGGGAACACCACGUUCAGGCCCUUCUCCUGCCCCGGCUAUUACGUUUUCUUCGAUCCGCAGAACAGUCCUGCCUACGAGAUCGUGUUCGCCCUGCAAGUCCUCUGCGGUUUCGUCAUGUACACGAUCACGGUGGCGAUUUGCGGUCUCGCCGCCGUCUUCGUGAUGCAUGCGUGCGCGCAGAUGGAGAUCCUGAUGCGAAUGAUGGAGAGCCUCGUAGACGAGAGCGAGCUAAGGCAGCGGAACGCCAGCGCGAAAUUGGCAGUUAUAAUUGAACAUCAGAUCAAAAUACAAAAUUUCUUGCAACUGGUGGAGAGUACUUUGCGCUACAGUAGCUUAGUCGAAAUAGUGGGGUGCACCAUGAUCAUGUGCCUUACCGGAUAUUGUAUAAUAGGGGCGGAAGAGGUGAGCUGGACUUUUUGCACGCUCGACUGGUAUCGUCUUCCGACAAGCGUGGUGCGAGACAUGAUAUUAGUGACAGCCGUUUUGGAUGUGCCACCACGGAUUACCGCCGGGAAAUUCAUCAUUCUGUCCUUCAGAACGUUCGGUGAUGUAAUUAAAUCGGCUGUGAUUUACCUUAACAUGCUUCGACAACUUACCGAAUAA